AUGAAACUUAUAGUUUGCAAUGAACUUCAAAGUAUAGAUACAACAAAAGUUUUGAACUCAGAUGCUUUGAAGAGUCUUAUAACAGACAAAGUUGGAGUUGUUGAAAGAAAAUAUAAAGACCAAAGAGUUUGUGAAAAUGUUGCAAACUUCAUUAUGGUUUCAAACAAUGCUGUUCCGAUGAAGUUAGAAAGUUCUGACAGAAGAUAUGUAGUUGUCAGAACGUCAGAUUCUCAUAUGCAAGAUACAGAAUAUUUUGACGACUUAGCAGAAACUUUGACAUCUGACUUUUACAACCACUUGUUCUCAUAUUUCAUGACAUUAGAUAUUUCUAAGUUCAAUCCAAGACAAAUUCCACAUACCGAAGAGAGACAAACAUUGUUAGAAGCAAACAAGAGUGUAUAUGAACUGUUCAUAGAUGAAACUGACUUUGUGUCAUUAGAUGAAAGGUCAUUGUACGAUUCGUAUAAACAAUAUUGUCAAGAAUAUGGUUAUAUGACAGCUUCUAAACGAACAUUCUUGGCAAAUGUCAAAAGUCUUUUAGAUGUUCAGAAUGGUGUAUAUACAAAGAAAAAUUUUUAUGAGUAA